AACAAAAGAUUGUAAGAGAGGAACUUUUUAUAGAUGGGACGAUUGGCCUUUGUGUAUGUGGCGUGGUGGCUCUGGAAAUGAAAAAGGUGGAAGCGAAACCUGGAAAGCUUUUGCUAAGUGUUGUAGAAGCUAUGACAAAGGUGGCGCGUGUUAUAGUAAUGAGUAA